CACUCAACAAUUUCCGGCCCACAAAAAAUCGCUCCGACGAUGGCGGCGGCGAAACACCCGGAAGCGGCGCGCAGAACGGUCGUACCGUGUCCCGCGAACGGCGGCAUGGACGGGAGCGGCGGCGGCACCGCGGCGGAGAGUGGCGUCGGCGGGUUCGAAUGGGACGCCGACUCCCAGCUCUACUACCACGCCAGUACUGGGUUUUACUAUGACCCUGUCGCUGGAUGGUACUACUGCAGCAGAGAUGGUCAGUACUACAUCUACGAGAAUGGAAAUUACAUGCCAUGGACAUCGGAUUUGAGCAAUGAACCCAAAGCGCACUGUCCAUGUGAUGAAGCCAACCAAGAUGGCCAGGAGUGCCCUUCAGGAAUGGAAGCAGCUAUACCAGACGACGAGAAUGAAACACUGGGGCCGCCAUCAGAAUGGAUGGAGGAAACACUGAUCAACUUGUAUCUGUCAGGCUACUCAAAUAGAGAGGUCAAUACUGAAAGUUCACUAGGAAAUUUACAUACAAAUGAGGAAGAUAGAAGUGAGACAGUUGGAAAUAAACUUGGUAGCGUGACAUCGGACAAUGCAUCAGCCUCGCUGAAUGAUGCUACAUUACAGCAAGCUGAAGAUGAAACGGAAUCUCAGAAUUCCACUUCUAUGCAUGAACCUUUAGGGGAAGAGGAAGAGAAAUGGCUCUCUCAGUAUGGUCAAGUAGAGAGAGUAAAUGAUGAUCUACCAUUACUUCCAACCAUUGAUCUAUGGGAUUGGGAUAUGGUCCAAGAUCCCGUUAGCAAAGAUCAGCCCGUGGCCAGGCUUGUGGGAUGCUUAUCUAGGGGUUCUAGUAAGCUUCAUCCUUCUUUGCCUGCUCGUGGUGGCCUUCUAAGGACUGCUCCUGUGUGUGAGGUUCAUCUUGAUCUCGUACAUGUUUCAACAGGGAAGCUGUACAGACUAAGGAACCCUAGCAGAAAAUACUUAACCUCUUUAUCCACAUAUGACUCCUCCAACCCUACAAAAGAAUGGGGGUUUCCUGAUAUAUAUGCAAACCCUGAUAUUAAUUUGCAUAAGCAGUCAACUGCACAGCGCCAAUCUGAAAUUGCUGAUGAAACUUCUAUUGAGGGAGGUGUUUCAGCUACUAGUGGCAAGGAGCAAAAGACAAAAGCUUACAGGGACAGAGCUGCCGAGAGAAGGAACCUACAUCGUGGCUCAGGGAUAGGAUUUGGACAGAAGCAAAGUAACAUCGUCAAUUUUGAUGAAUAUGAGGAAUCUAGUGAGGACAUAGAUUCAGUGGGAUCUGCUUCAGUAGAUAUGAGUUUCCGUUCCAGUGGUUUGCAUUCUGCCCAGAGAAUCAUGGAGAAUAUGGGCUGGAGGGAGGGAGAGGCCCUUGGGAAAAGCAGAAAGGGUAUUGUAGAACCUAUACAACCUACCAUCAACAAGCAUGGUGCUGGUUUGGGAUGGAAACAAACCCGCUAAAAUGCUCCUAUCUCUGAACUGCUAUGGGGAUACCAGUCCAUGUUUUGUGUCCCCUCUGGAGGUGCUACUUCUUCAACAAACGAAUUGAUGUAACUGACUUGUGGUCGCUGCUCUAACUCUUGCCUUUCUUGGAGGACAAUAUAUUUACUUACAGCAAGAAAAUUAGUUGUUAUUGGGUUGAUGAAAGGCCCAUGUUGAAACAGAACACAAUAACAACUUUUUCGACAACUACAUUGGAGAAACAAGCUUACUUCAUCUUGAUUUUCUGUGCUUUUGGGACCCUAGCGUGCGGCCAUGGUUUCAGCACUGUGCUAAUGCAAGAACUACCCACAAAAGUUGUGCUCCAUCCCCUCAGGAAAAAAAAAAAAGUUCCGCUCCAGCAUUUUUGUGAAGCUCAACUACUGUUCUAUGUUGAUUUUAAGAUAUAGUCACCAUGCUUAUGCACUUAUGCUC